CCCCCACAUUCCUCUGCUCUCACAUCCCCUGCAACUUCAAGCUCAUUCAUCAAUGGCCUGCUUAGAGCUGUUCAAAGAGGCUAAGUUCAAAGAAGAUCAAGAAGCAUGCACUUUUGAUGGAAGCGUUGAUUGGCAUGGCCGCCCUGCAAUCAGAGCAAAAUCUGGACGAUGGGUUGCUGGAAUUAUCAUACUUUUGAACCAAGGUCUGGCUACCCUAGCAUUUUUUGGGGUGGGAGUGAACUUGGUGUUGUUCCUGACAAGGGUCCUGCAAGAAAACAAUGCUGAUGCCGCUAACAGCGUGAGCAAAUGGACUGGAACUGUCUACAUCUUCUCUCUGGUUGGCGCUUUCCUUAGUGAUUCCUACUGGGGAAGAUACAAAACAUGUGCAAUAUUUCAGCUCAUUUUUGUCAUGGGUUUGAUAUCACUAUCACUAUCAUCAUACCUCUUCUUGGUCAGACCUGGAGGAUGUGGGGAUGGAAAAACUCCAUGUGGUACCCAUUCAACCAUGGAGAUGGGGUUAUUUUACUUCUCCAUCUACCUUGUUGCUCUGGGAAAUGGAGGGUAUCAACCUAAUAUUGCUACAUUUGGAGCUGAUCAGUUUGAUGAAGACGACAGCAAGGAAGGACACUCAAAAGUUGCCUUUUUCAGCUUCUUCUACCUGGCUUUAAACCUUGGAGAACUCUUCUCCAACACCAUAUUGGUGUUCUUUGAGGACAAAGGGAUGUGGGCCUUAGGAUUUUGGGCAUCUGCAGGAUCUGCCUUCGCAGCAUUGGUCUUGUUUCUUGUUGGUACGCCAAGGUACAGGCACUUCAAGCCAAGUGGAAACCCUCUCUCCAGGUUUUGCCAGGUCCUAGUUUCUGCGGUGAAGAAAUGGAGGUUCGAGAUGCCGCCAACUGCAGAGGGCUUGUAUGUUGCGGAUGGAAAAGAGUCUUCCACAAAUGGCAAUAGAAGGAUACUCCACACCCAUGGAUUCAAGUUCUUGGACAGGGCAGCAUGUAUCACAUCGAGGGAUUUUGAUGACAAGAACCAGGGCAUUCAUAACCCGUGGCGUCUCUGCCCAAUUACCCAAGUGGAAGAAGUUAAAUGCAUUCUGAGACUACUCCCAAUUUGGCUCUGCACCAUAAUCUACUCGGUGGUCUUCACACAAAUGGCUUCCCUCUUUGUGGAGCAAGGUGCUGCCAUGAAUGCUACAAUCUCAAGCUUCAAAAUCCCACCUGCAAGCAUGUCUAGCUUUGACAUACUCAGCGUGGCGCUUUUUAUCUUCCUUUACCGGCGAGUUCUUGAUCCGCUUGUGGGAAGAAUUAAGAAAUCAGAUUCCAAGGGGCUUACUGAGCUUCAGAGAAUGGGAAUUGGCCUUGUUAUAGCAGUGAUGGCAAUGGUUUCUGCUGGAAUAGUGGAGUGCUAUAGACUAAAGUAUGCGAAAAAACACUGCCAGCAUUGUGAUGGUUCAAGCUCCUUAAGCAUCCUUUGGCAAAUUCCUCAGUAUGCAUUUAUAGGAGCUUCUGAAGUUUUUAUGUAUGUGGGUCAAUUGGAGUUCUUCAAUGCACAGACACCAGAUGGGUUAAAAAGCUUUGGAAGUGCACUUUGCAUGACAUCUAUCUCUCUUGGGAACUAUGUGAGCAGCUUGCUUGUGAGCAUUGUUAUGAAGAUCUCCACUGAGGAUCACUUGCCAGGAUGGAUCCCAGGGAAUCUGAACAAAGGUCAUUUAGACAGGUUUUACUUCCUUUUAGCCGCCUUGACAACAGUAGAUUUGGCUCUCUACAUUGCCUGUGCUAAGUGGUUCAAGUGUAUCAAGAUGGAAGGAAGAUUUGAGGAGAAUGAUGAGGAAAAUGACUUCACUGCAUAAUCCAUAUGAAAAAGUACUUCAGCAAGACAUAUUAUAAAGGCCUGCAGUACCAGCUUAUAUGAAUAAGAGUGGGAAGGGGUAGCCACAUAAACUGCCAUGUGCCCCUGCUUGAAGAUAAAUGGAGUAAGAGAAAUCCAUUUUCGUCCAAGUGGUCUCUUACAAAUUAAGUCACUUGCAGUCUCUUCUUGCUGUUUCCGCACCAAACUCAAUUGAGUUUUUCUCUCCAUGUUCUUGUAACUAUAUAGCUAGGCUACGUAGAGUUGGGUUUGAAGAGGUGGGUAACCUUUGGCUUUAAGGCCUUCUAGUUCUACCAACAUCUUUCUCAUGAUUUGUUGGUCCCAUUGCUACAUGGGUGUAACAUUUGCUUUCAGAAGUUCUAAUGUAAAAAUGACUUUGCUCUCUGCAACUGCAGAACAUAUCUGUGCAUGAGAGCUGCUCUUUGGGCAUUAAUAAAAGCA